UGAUAUCUUGGAAUCAUCACUAAAUGAAAUAUAUAAACCACAGACAAGACAUUGCAACAUUGCUGGCCAGAUCAGGCUCCUUUCCCCGCGUGACCGAUCCAAGUGUGGCGAUGCUGUUGACCCCAACCAGUCCACCCCUACGCGCAUCACCGCCGCCCGUGGUCGGCUCAAAGGAACGAGUGCCGUGACUCGAUGUGACUCGGAUCUGCUCAUCAUGUCUGGAUUUGUUCCAUGUGAUGCCAUCGAGGGGGAUCCCGACUGUUGCUUGAGUUGUUUACAUCUUCAGUCCUGCAGGAGGCAAGCUUGCAUGCGUCAAGGCAGAUGGCAGAAUCCCAACCUGUGGUCAUGCCAAGAACGAUGGGUACGCUUCAGCGACACCCGCAAUGCAUACCUCGAAGUGGCUCAUGAGGAUUCCUGCGAGUUUCAACCGUCCACCACAGUCACAACCGUCACGACCGUGGCAGGAUUUGGAAGUCGACCUGAGGAUUGGUUUGUCAUCACUGGUUUGAGUCUGUUCGCGUGUUGUGAUCUUGUCCUUUGCGUUUGGUAUGCCAUCUUGUGCAUGAAAUGGUUGCGGCUUCGUUCCCAUGCGCAUGUGCAUCCCGAAGCAAGUUCGACCAACCCCAAUUCUCCAGAGUCGAGCAAGAUAGGCACUUCAACGGCAAGUGCGUCAGCACCCACGGCUGCUAGUGUCAUUCAGGUGGGUCGAAACAAGUUGCCCACCUGCAUGCCAGAGUAUUGGUCCUAUUUGCCAGUGCCCGAGCAAGGGUGGGCGCUACAUCCAGUGGCUGGGGACGAGCUACGGACCAUCAGAAGAAUGUUUGUAGUGCGGCAGCCUGAUGAGCUGGGGAAAGGAAGGGACGCCAUGACAUAUGAUCAGACAUAUUCCAAUCUGGUGGUGCAUUGCGCUUGGCGCAUUGAGCAUGAGAGUUUGUGGCCCAAAUACGCGGCAGAACGGAAUGACGUGAUGCGGAAUAUGUGCCAGAUUCGCAAGAAUCAACUUGCUUUGGAUUCGUGGGACAGCCGAUUGGAUGAUGCAAGUCAGUCCAUGCCAGGCGAACUCUUUGAUGAGGUUGGAGAGAAAUACUUGCUACAUGGCACAAGUCCAGAGCGUUUGUUGGACAUCCUUCACCAGGGCUUCACAGAAAAGCUAUCAAGCUUGAAAGGGAUUUUCGGUGCCGGAAACUACUUGGCAGAGGACCCUGAAAAAAUCGAUCAAUAUACCAGGCCUGACCCAGGGCUUGGGACCCCUGGGUUGGAGGAGCUUCACUCACGGCUUUACCGGGCAGGUGGGAACCACCACCCUGAUGAUGACAACAUUUUCUACUGCUUCCUGGUGCGUGCUACUUGUGGUGCUUGCCUCCAGACAACUGGCCUUGACAAAAAAACGUCUCCAGGAUGAAAUCACAGGGAAGGAGGUCUUUUUGACCGCAGACCGCCGCGAAUUGGCUCGCGUUCCAGGCACGUCCCCUUCUUUCUCAUACCACUCUCUCCUUGUCAACCUGUGUACUGGCAAAACCUAUGGAGCAGCAGUGGCCCGCUUUCGCGAGAUUGUGAUCUUCGAAGGAAAUCGCAUCUAUCCAGAAUAUUUGGUGGCAUAUCGACGGGUUUGAUGGCAGUUAAAGAGUUAAGGGUCCGUUAAAGGCGGUUUCCUUUCUGAGAAUGUUGCCUGGCUUCGCCCGGCCCACUUCUUUGACGCCCUGCCGCUUUCACCUGAGGUGAGAGGUCGCUGUGC